AUGUCUUCUCAUCUCUUCCAACUUUCCACGCUGUCUCUCUUUCCCGAAGAAGCCGGAGAUGUCAUGAAGAAGAAGAAACGUUUGAUCGGAGAAGACGACGACGACUUGAACAUGCCCAGAGACGACAGUAAUGAUCAAAGGCCAAUGAAAAAGCCGAAAAUACUCAGUCUUGUCUGUUGGGAGGAGCAAACAUCUACUAUCAAAUCAUCAAUUCAGUUACUUCCCCUGUUAGACAAGAUGUCACAAACCAUGGCCAUGGGGAUUCUUCAUGAACAACAACAACAAGACCCUCAUCUGGAGGAGGAGGAAGAAGUCUCGACAUUGCUCAAGUUAUCAACUAGCUUCAGUAGCGACACAAUUACCAAAGAAGAAGAGAAUGUAGAUGGUAAUCAUCAUCAUCCAUGGACAAUUACCAAGAAGCUUUUCAAGAGCGAUGUGGACAGUUCGUCUCGCCUGCUUCUUAAGAAGAAAGAGAUCGAAAGUCACGUUAUCCCCUACUUGAAAGAAGAAGAGGUAAAGUCAUUAAUGUUCGGGUCUCCUGAGGGGAUAAGGAUCGGAAUACUUGAUGUGCAAAAACAGCAAGGCUUUACCCUCACUUUGAAGAAGUGGAAGACGGGAAGCUUCGUUUUCACCAGCAACUGGCGCAAGGAUUUUGUCAAGCGCAGGGGAUUGCUUCAUCGUGAUGAGAUUGGGCUCUAUUUUGACCAACACAAUCGCAGACUCUGCUUUGGUGUCCUCCACAAAGCACCUCCACACGCUCUUCCUGCAUGGCCGGUCUAG